AGUUGUGAGUUGGAAUCACCACGAAAAUUCAUUACAAAAAUCGCUCCAAAAGAAUUUAAAAAUUUAUCAAUAUUUCAUUUGCUUUCAAGAAUAAUUAAUGUUAAAAAACUGUUGCUUUGCCUUGCGUUUGAUAAUUAAAGUACAAUUAAUAUUUUCAAGCCGUCAACAGGCACACAAAAUGAUUUGUUGAAUUUGCAACAUUCAUUAUCAUCUAAUUUCCACAUCACCAUCGCCAAAGUGUCUCUCGAAAAGAACCAAAAAUUGCAUUGGUCCACGCGGGUCAUCAAAAUGGAACGAACUCCUUCAGAUGAAGCGCUCACUGAGACCAUUAAAACUCUCAUCAUUUCUCGUAAAUGUCCAAUGACCAUCGCACAAGUGAAGCAUGAUUACGAAGAACUCGAAGGCAAGAACAUUCCAGAAUUAAAGAUUAAAUCUCUAAUGAGAUUCAGUUCCACCUUUCACAUGAUAAAACCGGAAAAUGGUGAAGAACGCUUUGAUAUUCGUUACGAUGCUCGAGCUCGAAUGAUGAGAGGACAAAAGCCAAUAAAAAAGUUCAAUCCAGCAAUGAUGAAAAGUCCAGCAGUUCCUAGAACACGUUACACCAUCACAGUGAAUAACAACAAUGCUUAUCAGAAGAAUUUGAACGGCAAUGGAUCGAUGGAUGUUCGCCAGAAGCUCUUGCGAAAUCCACAACCAAUGCCGAAGCUUACAAUGCCGUUAUCUGAAAGAUUAAAACGACGUGGUGAACUCAGUCCCGAAGAUAUUGAAGCAGCAAAUGUUGUCAAAGUUCCUGACACAUGGUUCAUGACAGCAGGAGGAAGUUAUGAGAAAUUGCUUAACUAUUGUCAGAAUAAUAAUUUUGAUCCACCUGAAUUGAAAUUUCUCGACAAUCCACUUGCAAAAGGAAGCUUCAAAUGUCAAGUGAUGAUCAAUGGCGUUGUUUACACAUCGUACAAGGAUUUCUUCCAAUCACAACAAGAAGCUCAAGAAGCAUGUUGCAAAAUUGCAGUUCAAGAGCUUAAACGUGAAGAAGAAUUGUCACAAAACCCUCUCGAUAUCUCGAAUGAUCAUGAAAUUAUGAAGAAAAUUUGGCAGAUGAUUCGAAGCUCAAUUGGUGGAGUUUUCAUCAAGCAUGUGGCUAAUCUUUAUAUAGACACUUACAAAUUGUCACUUCCAGAAAACUGGCAUGAAAUGUCAUUGCAAUAUGAAGGAAAUUUAUUCUCAUUUGAGACAAAUGCUUUCAAUGAGCCAAUCAUUUUUGCAAAACCAGAAGCAGACACGCAGAAUGAAUCAACAAAAACAAUUUCCACUAAUCAAAAGAUCGCAAAACUCGAAUUUCCAUGGAAUGAAAAGCUGUGGAAUGUUUUUGUAACAAGCGCAUUUAGUACGAACGACAUUUGCGGACGUUUGAUUGGUGAGAAAUAUAGCGACGCACUUGACAAGCUACUGACCGAUAUAGAGAUUGCAAUGAUGUCACACAAGGAGCGUCCGAAGGAGAUAAAGCUCAGUCAUAUUUACCUCACAGCUAUUGCUGAGUGUUAUCAUCGCAUAAAGGUCGUAGAGAUUAAUGAACGACAAGCUUAUUGCAUUUGUAUUGACAAUGGCGAUUACGAAUGGAUUUCAUUUGAUGAUAUUUAUUCAUGUAACUCUGAAUUUCUUACUGUUGCACCACAAGCAUUCAAGCUGUCAUUGUUUGGAUUGGAAGAGUUUGAAAAGGAUCCAAAUGUCUCUCAACAGCCUUUGUUUCAACCUUUAGUCUUCAAAAGUUUAGUUGGUGAGAUAAUGACGGAAAAGAAUGUUUGGGAUAAAUCAUCAACAUCAUCAUCAUCAGCAAUUCCAAUGAUUCUUUAUGACACGUCGACUGAUGAAGACAUUAAUUUGAAUGAAACUUUAAUGAAUACGAUUUUGCGAUCGAUUCCAAUACCAACAUUACAUCAGAAAGAAAGUAAUCAAGUGAUCGUGACAAGUAUUGGUGAUGACGCAAUUUACUGUCAACUUGUUAAGUCGUCGAUUUACAUUCAGCAACUAAUCAGCGAUAUUCCGAAAAAUGAUCUAAAGAAACAUCGUGGAUUCUACUUAGACAAGGCUGAUAAGAAGAAAAUCUAUUUAGUCAGUGAUGUGAAAGGCAAAAACUGGUUCCGUGCCCGUUUGGAGCGAUUCUCGGAUGACCAGGAUCAGUUGAUGUACUACAUUGAUCACGGCUACAAAGCAACAGUGAAGAUUGAGAAUAUUUACCGACUCGACAAACUCUCAAUUGUUUUAUUUUCUUAUCCACCGCAAGUUUUGAAGUUUGGAUUGUUUAAUGUCCAAAUAACGAGCGAUGUUAAGAAGCGAUUGAUGGCUUUAUUGCCAAGUCGACGACAAGCUUUGGUUAAAGUCGUCACAAUGGGCAAUGGAGGUUUGCCAUUAGUUCAUUUAUUCACUUACAUUUGCCAUCAAGAUGAAACAAUCAUGAUAAAGAUUAACGACCAGUUUGCCACCAGUUUGGGGACUGAAUUGCAUAGCUUCAGUCCUAACGAUCCUCUCAUUAAACUCGAACAACGAAGAUUGAAGAAUAACGGCGAGUUUAUUAAAAUUCACGUCAUUCUCGUGUCGAGUCCUCAGAAUUUUGUUAUUCAAUUGCAAGAUGAUAUUGUUGAACUUAACAAUAUUUUAAAUGAAAUGCAAUUGUUUUGCAAUGGCAGCGAUAAAUUUAAGUCACUUGAAGACAUUAAGAAAGGUGAAUGUUAUGCUGUUUACGACGAGGACACUCGAAAAUGGGUUCGAGCUUCAGCAGAGAAUGUCAUUAAUGCCGACUUUAUUCACUGCCUUUGCUUCGAUUCAGGAAAUUUUAAGACUUUGUCACUCGACAAAAUGCGAACGUUGCCAAAUCAAUUUCGUAAAAUGCCAAAGCUCGCCUUGAAGGCAAAGCUCUUCGGCGUAAAACCAAAGCACAAGGAUUUCACGCCCGAUGAUGCCAUUCACUUCAAAGUAAUGACUGAGAACAAAACGUUCCCGGCUGUAAUCAAAAACAUCACAAGCGAUCGCUUUGAUCAAGAACUUUAUGAGAUCGUCCUCUUCGGUAAGGAUGAGAAAAUUCAUGAAACUCUCGUUAAAGAAAAUCGCGCUCUUCCUAUUUAAAACUUUAACUCUAAUUAAACUUUUCAUUAUAAAAUUCCUCAAUCGAUUCCAAGUUAUCUAAAAAUAUUUAAACUUUACUUCACACAUAUCUACUUGGCAGAUAUAAAAACUCGAGAAAAUAUGAGAAAAUACGCAAUAUUUAAAUUAAUGAUUUAAAGCAAAAGAAAAAACAAAUCUCAAGAUAUGCAAAAAUGCGUAAAAUGAUAUUCGAAUGAUUUUAAACAUAAACUUCUAAUUAUUUAAACAUUUAUUCAUCCAUACAUGCAACUAAUUUAUAAAUUACACAACACCGUUAAAAACGGAGCAAAUUAUUUAUUCAUUAUUUGACAUAAUUUUUAUUUUCUGUAAUUUUUCUUUAAAUAAUGUUACCUACUUGGUUUGUGGCACAACAAUGAAUGUAAAUCCACGCUAAAAUUGCUUUCUAAAAUAAAAUGAUUGAAUGAAUGAAAAGACUGUGCCAGUGUUGCAAGAAAAGAGAAUUUCUGUUAAUAUUUUUGGCCUUAGUUAAAGAUUAGUUUAAAUAUAUUUAAUUAAACUUUACAAUUUGUAUUGUUGUUAAGAAUUUAAAUUUUAAUUAAUGAAGCAUCACGUUAUAAAAUUGGAACUUUGGAAUUUGCAAGAUUUUUUAUCAUUUUAAUUUUAUUUAAUUUGUGCUUUUGCAAGAGUGACAACAUUUGCACGCUUCGAGGUUAAACGUGUUCAAUUGAUAAAAGAAAGAAAUAUUUAUGAAUAAAAAUUGAUAACCGACAAAGUCCGAUUGCCUUCCUUUGCAUGCAAUGUCAACACUCAUAAAAAUAUUAUUCAGAAAAUUAAUUUCUUUUUAAACUUCCUCUUCUUUUAUUUUAAUUAAUGAAAGAUCAGAAAUUUAUUUUUCUCUAAUUUAUAAAAACUCAAUAAAAAUACUAAACGAAAGUACCUAAUUGUAAUCAGAAAGUGAUAAGAAAAUCAAAAUAUUUUAUACCCGAAUUAAACUCUAAGAAACAUAAUCAAUGAUGAUGCCUAAAUAGAUGAUCGUGUUGUGAUAAGAUAUUAAAAGUUCACGAAAUAUUUUAAAUAAAAAGUGACUAAAACAUUUAAAAAACUUUGGCUCUAGUGGCGUUUGAAACAAAUCAUUUGAAAUAUGACUAAAUAAAAAUUAUAAACAUCAAUGAAAUGAUUUGAUGUAAAAUUUUAUUUAUACAUGUAGAAAAUAACGAAAGAAAUCACUUGUACUCAAAUUUGUACACUCUGUAAUCGAAUCCGAAAGAAGAAAUUAAAAAUAAUAAUAAAGAAAUGGGAGAAAUAAUAAUAACAAAACACGAAUAAGAAAAUAUUUUAUUUUGCAUGACGUAUGUAAGUAUAAUGCGAGGCAAAAGUCGA